AUGUCUGCUGGUUGGGGAACCUCAGGCAAGCAGCCAGCUCUCCCUGAGCAGGCAGCCGGUCCCUCCACCUCGGAGGAGCCUAAGCAUCCUGCGCAGCCGGCUGGUGAUUGGGGCCAGGCCUUCCAUUAUGACUACACCGAGACUGAUGUCGACCGCCAGUGGGGUGGAAAUGGAGCUGUGUAUGAGUGGCAGGGUGAAGAGGGCGAUCUUGCCCCUGAGGAUCCUAUUCUAGAGGCCCAGCUUUUCGGUGAGCCCGACAUGCGCUUCGGUGCGGGUCUUGACAUCUCCAAGAUCUACUCUAUCAACGUUUCCCAAGAGGGUGAGAAGCGAAUUGCCCCUAUCUUCAAAUUUGAAGCCGCUGGCCUUCACCCGGUUAUGUUGAAGAAUGUGCAGAUGUGUGGUUACGAUACCCCGACCCCCAUCCAGAAGUACUGCAUUCCAGCAAUCAACAUGGGUUAUGACUUAAUUGCUAUUGCUCAGACCGGCUCGGGCAAGACGGCAGCUUACCUCAUCCCUAUCUUGAACCAGCUUAUGGGCAAGGCCAAGAAGUUGGCUGCUUAUCGCCCAACUCCCCAGCAGCUCAUAACGGGCGAAAAACGCCCUGUACGAGCUGAGCCGCUGGUUCUAGUGAUCUGUCCUACCCGAGAGUUGGCAAUUCAGAUCUUCAACGAAGCACGCAAGUUCUGUUACCGCACUAUGUUACGUCCUUGCGUCGUCUAUGGUGGAGCACCGAUUAGUGAUCAGAUUAAGCAAAUUGGUGGAGGCUGUGACCUACUCAUCGCAACCCCCGGUCGCCUCGUUGAUCUCAUGGCACGCGGCCACUUGUUGACCCUUCGUCGACUUCGAUACAUGGUGGUUGACGAAGCCGAUGAGAUGCUUGACACUGAUUGGCAGCAGGAAUUCGCCGAGAUCUUCUCUGGUGGAGAUCAUGAGGAGGACAACGUGCAAUACAUGCUCUUCUCCGCUACAUUCCCUGCAGCCGUUCGCCGCCUUGCGCGAGACCAUCUCGCGAGCAAUCACCUUCGCGUCCGCGUCGGCCGCAUCGGAAGUACUCAUGAGAAUAUCAAGCAGGACAUUGUCUACGUGAAACCUGAACUGAAGCGAGGUGCUCUCCUCGACCUUCUUUACUCCAUUGAGCCUGGUCGCACGAUUAUCUUUGUCAACAACAAGCGCGCCGCAGAUGAGAUUGAUGACUUCAUCUACAACAAGGGCGGCUUGCCUUGCACUUCCAUGCAUUCGGAUCGUACUCAGCGCGAACGAGAGGAUGCGAUGCGAGCCUUCCGUGCCGGAAAGGCACCUCUGCUCGUUACAACCGGUGUAUCAGCCCGUGGCAUUGAUGUGCGCAACGUGAAGCACGUCAUCAAUUUCGAUCUUCCGACCAUGGAUCACGGAGGUAUUCAGGAAUAUACCCAUCGCAUUGGUCGCACCGGUCGUAUCGGUCACACUGGCACUGCAACCUCGUUUUACACUGAUCGUGACAUGCCACUCGCUGAAGAUCUGACUAAGAUCUUGAUGGAGACCAAGCAAACUGUCCCCGACUUCCUUCAGGAGUACAUCCCCGAGGGAGCCGAUCCCUCCAACUUCAAGAUUGAGGAUGACAAUAGCGAGGACGAGGACGAGGCUGCUGGCGGAGAGGAUCCUUGGGGAGUUGGCGACUCUAAGCCCGCCGGAGGUGACGAUGCUGGAGUCACCGAUGAAGGUGGAUGGGGUACCGGCGCUUCUGCUGGAGAGGCUUCUGGUACUGCCGGUGAUGGCUGGGGCACCGGCGCUUCUGCUGGAGAAACUUCUGGUGCUGCCGGUGGUGGCUGGGGUGCUGGAUCUGCUAUCCCUUCUCAGUGGUAA